AGUAGUUCGGCUCGAACCGCCGAUAAGAACGCAUGCGAGUGUUUCAGUUCGCUGUGGAACCGCGCACGCGCUCUCGCGAUCACAACGUAUUAACCCGACCAAAACAGUUGGAAAAAUUAUUACACCACCCUCUUUACUGAACGCAACAGUGACAGUGACGUUUCGGGGGAUGUGACAGAACACGCCUUUUAUUAUGAUUGUGUACAUUUGGUGAAAUUUUCAGUGCUGAAAUAUAUUGAACUAAGUAAACCCAUUGACCGUUGAAUUUUGUGACAUAGAUAGUGUUUGUGAACUGUGUUUGUUAUACGUGAUAGAAAUGAGAAUGGGUCAUAGUGCUGGGUAGCGUGAUGAUGCGAAAGGAAGCUGCCGGUUCGCCCGGCGGGACUGAUAUCGCCUUAAACUCAGCCGACUGCCUUAAUUUACAGCAAAUUCUUCAGGCUUUUAACUCUAAUAUAAGUGAAGAGCAUGCUUGGGCGUUAUUUUACCAAGCUUCAAAGUGUUACCAGAAAUGUUUGGACGAAGGGACUGCAUACUACCUGCCUACUGAGCUAGGGCAUGUUUUGCUUCAUAAAGAUGGGACCGUGCACCCAGGCACGCUGAUGUAUAUAAGAGAUGACAGCAGCAGAGAAAAAGUGAAAUCAGAACACGAGUUGGUGGUGAAUCUGGCAAUUGUUGUUUACCAUGCCUUGGACUACACGCACGGCGAGGAUGAGGAGCGGCUCAUCUCUCCAGACCUGGAGGGCCUCAUCACAGAUAUGACGGGCAACAUUACAGAUGACGAGGAAGAGAUCAGCGGUCUGUCCGAGGGUUCGGAGACGUCUGAGGGUGGACGAGCAGAUACUGAUGAUGAGGGCAUCGAGAGGGACUCGGAGCCGGCGCCGAGGAGGCGACGCGUCCGGAGGUUUCUGUUGAAAGACGUUAUAGAGCGUUGUAUAUGGCACUGCGGCGGUGGAAGUGGUCGUUUGGCUCGUGAGACGGCCGCUGGUCACUACCGCGCCGUCUGCCGGGCGCUGGUCGCCGAAGCCCUCGAGCUGGCCUCGUUCCUGGCCCGUGUUCGCGUCACAGGAGCCAGGGACCUCGGAGCCGCUGAGGACUCCGCCACUCAUCUCGACACGCUGCAGUUCUCAGAUUGGUCGAACCGAAGAAUUUGGAGGGCCUUGCAAGCGCGGUUCUGGAUGCAAGUUAUCGGGGAGUUGCGAAUGGGAGUGAAACUGAAGAAGGUUAACUACUCACGGACGCCAAUAGAAUAUGAAUUGACUCCAUAUGAAAUCCUCAUGGACGAUAUAAGGUCGAGGCGGUAUACGUUAAGGAAAGUUGAUGGCGCCAUACCUCAGAAUGUUAAGAAGGACGCACACGCAAUGAUACUCGAAUUUAUUAGAAGUAGACCGCCGCUCAAGAAGGCAUCAGAACGCAAGUUGGCCCCGGUCCGUCGCGAGGUGACUCCUAGGGAACAGCUGCUAGCUUCCAUACAACUCGGGAAACAGUUGCGACCUACGACGCAAUCCAGGAGUAUAUCUACUAGUGGUUCAGGCAGCGGUGCCGGUGGUGGCGAGUCUCGUAGAGGAGAUGUGACGCCGCACGCACCGCCACAGAGACGACUCAUUAAAGUUGAUUUUGACAAUCUCGAGGAUGACGAAGACGAAGACGACACAGAGACUUGUGUCAGUCCUGAAACCUGCCCGCCCCAGCCCUUCCCGAGGCACACCAUCAAACAGACACCGCCGAAACCAUGGAAGAGAACCGUGUCCGUGGAUACGCCGCGGGCUCCUCCCCGCGCGCGCAUCUCACACGACGAGUACCAUCAGUUUUUCGACGAGACCCUCGAAUCCUACGACCUGGCUACCCAAUGUCCCUCCCGUCGAGCGUCCAUGCGUCGCCACACAAUAACACACGCACACGCGUGCCCCGCGACCGACGGCGCACAGUCACUGCCACAUUCAAGACCGGGUUCUCGUGCGUCCUGCGCAGGGGCGUCUCUCAGCAGUGACGACGCUCAGCUGAAUGAGUUGUCGUGGUCCCGAGCCUCGCUCCAGGACGAGCUGAUCAAGUCGGUUAGUGACAGCCCUACCAGCACGCAUAAGCAAUGGCAGGACGCGAUUAUAUCAGACGAGCGUCUCUCGCUAACGCUAGAGGAGAUCGUCCACAUCAGAUCUGUGCUGACGAAGGCUGAGCUAGAGGUUCUGCCGGUGGAGGGCAGGGUCAAAGAGGACGUGGAGAGACGACGGGUUUGUUUCCUGUGCCUGAAGACGAGGUUCGGCAUCUUUGGUCCUUGGGGUCAGAAAUGCAAACUGUGCAAGAAGACCGUCUGUCAGAAAUGUUGUUCCAAGAUGCGUAUCCCGACGGAACACUUCGCGCACGUCCCCGUGGCGUUGUUGUCGCCGUCCUUGCUCCCCUCCCCCGACGAGGAGACCGCCUUCCCCCGCUCGCUGAUGGCGCGGCUCGUGUUGCCCGAACACGCGGCGUCGGUAGAGAACAGUGUAGGCUCGGCCCCCAGCAGCCCGGGCUCGCGCCGCAUCACGUCAGCCCCGGGCUCCCGCGGCGCCUCCGCCCUCGGCUUCUCGGACUCCUCCGGCGGCCCCGGCAGCAUGCCCUGUGUCUCAACACCGCUAUCCACAUUCUCCACAUUCGAUCGCAGAGCGAGGUACGGUCGCAGUGCGGGUUCGGGCGCGGCGGAGAGACUGCGAGGCGUGCAGAUGGCAGUCUGUCACGACUGUAAGGCGAUGGUGCUUCAGAUCAUAAAAUCCUCGCGCGCCGCCCGCUCCGCUUCCCGCGACCGCGCGCUGCGACACCUCACCCUGGACCUGGCGCCCGUAUACACCGCGGACUGCUAGACGACCCCGCCGCCACCGGAGCCCUACAUCACUAGGCACAAUUCAUACGGAGCUCAAACUAGUUAAUAUCACCUCAGAGCUUCCUGUAUGUGACGUAUGACGAAGACUUUUGACAAUACUCUAUGACAUUGACAGUUAGUGAUGAGUUUUAGAACGUUAUUAUGAUUUAUGUGUCGCACAAAACUAUUUACAUUGUCCCGGCGAUGGUCAUUCACGUUUGAUGUAUUUAACAUUACGAAUAGAGAAAUUUUUAAACAAAGAAUUAUAUCCGAAAUAAUUAAAUUAAAUAGAUAAUAGAAAGGAAUAUUUUGUCAUAUAUAUUUAUAUAUUCCAUGUAAUAGAUGCUAUGUCUACAAUUUGAAUGUGAAUCGUAAUCUGUGUUCAAUAUAAAUGUGCUAUAAGUGUUAUGAUAUGAGAGUGUACUAUAUUAAAGUUGAGACAUUUUUCUUAUUUCCUUUGUAUUUCGAACAUUAAAUAUUUUUUAUAACAUGUAAUAACGUUGACAUUCCGAGGACGGGCGUUGUUUUGUUCAAUAUUUUCCUGUGCCAUAUGAACAGAUUGGAACAAUGUUUGAGGUGAGAGUGAAAGUCAAAUGUACAAAAUGUAACAUUCUAGCUAUCAUUCGGAAGGGCUUGAGCUUAACUCAUAUUUAUUGUGUGCUUUGCCUUGGAUACUGGUCACACAUACGUUUAGAAUCAUACUAAAAGUAUUUAAGCUCUAAGAGGUUAUGUCGUUUUUGUCGCUCUGAGCUAAAACUGACAAUUAUUCUCGUAGCAUACAUUUCAAACAUCGGGUACUUUCUAAUUUGAAUUUUUACGUGUCUGUGUCGCUGUGCAUAUAUAUAAAACGUAGGGACCACGGCUAUUAGCUUAAUUGUAUACAAAAUAAUUUUAGAAUCAUAGUAUUUUUUUUAAUACUUUUCUUUAAAAAAUGUUGAAAUCCGUACUGUUUCUGUACGAAUCGUACGUCACUAAGGAAUGGGUUAGUGUUGUGAUACAAAAAAAUUUAUAUGUCGACAAAGUACCCCGAAUUGUAAAGAAUCAGUUUCUUAAUUAUUAUAAUUUUCGUAUAAAGUAUCUUCUUAUUAAACGCUACCUUAACAAUAGGGAAAACUCAUUUUGAUAAAAAUUUUAUAGAAUAUAUAUUAAUUAUAUUAUCUUUAUUUCUCGUUCUUCAUUCGAAAAUUAUCUGUAUUCGAUUCGCGCGCUUAUUAUUAAUUUCGAUUUCCAUAAUUUCAAAUACUUUUUUUUUUUACAUUUGUCAUAUUAUGUUAAAAAAUAACUUUGUGUGACCAGUAUUUGAUAAACGGAUCAGGUUUUUUGAUUUCCUAUUCAUCAAAUGUUUUAGAUUAAUAUAGGUAUAAUUAAAUUAUUUUUGCCAAAUAUGUAAGCACUUUCCAUCCUCUUGUAAAUAUUCAUUUAGUUUUUGGAUAUGUUAAUUGGUUACUUAACUCCUAGUGAUAGAUUUCAAUGUUCAUAAAAAUUGUAUUUUUGUCUAAAAAAUUUUAAGAACUGGGAUUAUUUCCAAAUUAACAUUGUAACCUAUUUGUUUAAGAGCUGAAAUGUCACACAUGUAUUAAUAUUCAGUAGACCAUUUAUAAAUUCGUUUUGAUAAUCCACUGAGAAUAUUUAUUGUAUUGUAUUUUAGGCCUAACAAUAUAAUUAUGUCGCUGUUCGGUUGCCAUUUUCUUAUCUGUAUUGAAUUUUUUUUUAAUUAUAUUAAUCCUAAUUAAUGUACCUAAAAUUUUAAAUACUUAUAAAUAAAAUCCCAGUUAUAAAUCUUGUAAAUGUAUGUAAAUUUUAGUAGUCUAUAUUAGAUGUUACGUAGAUUGUACCGUCUAAAGCAUAUAUAAAACAUUAAAAAAACAAACGGUAACGAUAUUAAAACAAUUACAAAUCAAA